CCUCGUCCCGUGUCCCCUGUGUCUCUGCUGUGUAGGUUUGACGCUCCGUUAGCCAGCAUGCUAACGGAGCGCCGGCGGACGGUGAGGAGACAGUAUGAGGCAGCGCAGCAGAGGAGAGCCCUGCAGGACACCACCAACCAUCACCGUGAUACUAAGGACACCGUCAGCCCAUUGCCCGACACCGUCCCUUCCGUGUUGAUGCUGCCGGGACGGGUGGUGUCCGUCCUUCACCUGGACCCCGCUCAGAAACAGCAGCUACAGCAGCAGAUACAGCAGCAUGUGCAGCUGCUGACUCAGGUUCACCUGCUGAGUCGCCGUGUGGACGCUCUGAACCAUGAAGCCUCCGUCAGCAAACACUACCUGGAGGAGCUGCAGCUGUUCUCGAGCCGGCAGGACCAGGUUUUCCUGCCCAGCAGCUUCAGGGUGUGUAACCUGCAGGGGGCACUGGAUCUCCUGCGGGAAGUGGAGCAGAGGGCGGAGCCUCGUGUUCCUCCACCUCCUGUUCCUGCUGCCGCCUCCAGACGCAUGCUCCCUACCAUGAGUCCUGCUACCAACAGUAAGGAAACAAGGCUUCAUCAGGCAGACCCUG